AUGUUCUCGCAGAAAGAAGCGAGACCUCGAGAUCAGAAGUUAUGCAUAGGUUGGCUUCAACAGCAACACCUCACUGAUGGGUCAGCUCCUCGUCUGGUGGGGAGGGAUCAUGGGGGAGGACCGGUGACCGAAGAGAUGCAAUGGCGAAUGAUACUUCCCGGUUGUCCAAGGAGGCUAAAAGUCCUCGAGAAGGUCACAGCAUUGGAUUGGUUUAUCCCGAGGCCCUCAAAGACCAGCAAUAAAGUCCUAUCAAACAAUCGAGUGCGUGAGUUUGAAGCGCAUUCCUUGCUGAAGGGCUAUCGCAUUGGUUUUAUAAUUACCGAUUUUACGGUAGAUACUACUGAUGAUGCUCGCGAGUAG